AUGGCUGUGUAUAUUGAUAGACACUACCUCGACAAUUUGACAGAGAAACAUGAACUUCCAACGGAGGUAACUCUAUACGCAAGUGGGCAUGUAUAUCAUGGGACGUUGCGUGAUGGACAAAGGAUGGGAUGCGGUGAAUUCUCAUUUAAAGACAUUAAUCUCUUCCGGGGUGUCAAUGAACAGAGUAGGAAAGAAGAGGCUGGAUUUCAACAAUGGUCAAAUGGGGAUUCAUUCUUCGGAGAUUUUUGGAGUGACCGGAGGAAUGGGUGGGGUUUAUACUCGUCCCAUGAGGGUGAAACGUAUGAGGGCACGUUCUUCCAGGACAAGAGACAUGGAUUCGGCCUAAACCUGUGGAAUGACGGUUCGUACUAUUUUGGGACGUUCUUUUUGGACAAACGAGCUGGUUAUGGUAUUAUGGAAAUCAAAGACGCAUUCACCUUCGAAGGUUUCUUCAGUAACGAUCUACCAGAAGGUCCCGGUAUCUAUAGGUCCUCCAGGGGUGACGAUCGAGGGGUCGAUGUUGGAUACUGGCAUGCUGGUCGGCUAUCCCGAUUACUCUUCCCUGUUAUGCACAAGGGGGAGCACUUUUCAUGGAUGAAAGAGUUUCCGGAAUACACUUUUUAUGCUGCUGUAGAAGGUGUCAAUGCUGCCACACUGGUUACACAGUCUAGUUUACCUGCAAUCGAUCAAAAAUUUCCCAUGGCGAAAGAGGACACAGGGGUCCAGGAAGAUCAAUCCAAUUUCGCUACUACAAAAGCAACCUGUAUGUUGACGGAUCUGGUAGCAGAAGACAGCAUCCCUCUGAAAGGUCUCAUAUGUUCGUUUCCAGAUUCAAAAGUGCCCCUACCACCAGAUCUGCAAGUAUGGGACCCUAGAAGCGCACUGUACCAACAUUGGUGGGCCGACCUGAUGUUCCAUCGCCUGUUACACUGCAAGCCACCUCAAGCUUGUUGCACUUGGCCAAAGCAACUGUCACAAGAGACCAGCGAUCGUCUGACGUUGGAGCUCCAAAGUCAACUUGAGCCUGAGGAUGUCACGGGAAUCGAGAAAACGUUGACCAGUGGGAUGGAGGUGAGGCUUUGUGAAUCGCAAGAACGCUUCACCACUGAUCAACUGGAGCCCCCAACAACUGCGGUGGUUGGAAAGGGAAAAAAGCGCAGACACGCGACUAGUCAAAUCAAUUUGGAGUUUGCACGUUUUCACACCGAGACUUUGGUCGCAAUCAACAAGUAUCUGGACGAUAUUCGCUUUACCCAAGAGUUUGUUCGUCAAGCAUGGCCAUUGUGGCACCAGUCGGAGCAAGUGGCGCCUUGCGAUCGAAUCCCGACACAUAUGGACCGAUCCGAUGAGCAGCGCCUGUCCGAAUGGUCCAAGAAAUGGAAAGAUCGGUUCAAAGCGGUCAGCAUUUGGAUGCAGUCCGCCAGCAAUAAACCAGUGCCGUUUGCUUUGGGGCCGAAUGAGCGUUUGGCCAAAGACUUUCUGACCAACUGCCAAAUGGGUGCGGUGGAUGCUGUUAGAUCUCAGCUAUUGCGCAAGACCUCCGCACAUUUGGAUCCAAACGUCGCAGACCAUGACGGGUGCUUCGGAUUACUAUGGGCGGUGCUUGCUUGGAACGAACCAUUGGUCAACACGCUGUUGGAUUUUGGAGCCAACGUGAACCAGGUGACCGACGAGGGUGUGUGUGCUCUGUCGCUGUGCCUGUUGUACUACUGCCGAGUGCUGGAACAGCUGAAUGCAGAAGGCGAUGUGAAGAAACCCCACGUGUUGUCCUAUACGACGCCGAAUGAAAGCGAGCGAUCCGGUACAACAUUAUCCGAACUGUUGGAAGCUCCUUGCACCCGAAAGUUUGUGUAUCGAGCAGAGGUGACGAUGUUUCUGCCUACUUCUACCCAAAUUAACGGAGUGGAGCAGGAAGAAAAAGCGAGGUUGGCGCAGCUGCGAAGGAUUUACACCUCACAACCGCAAACUGAUCGAUUGGGAUUGCCCAAAAUUCAAGUCGACAAGAUUCCAGCGUCGACCUCCUCGACGGAGUCCACCGAACCUACUCAAAAACUGCCAACGUUUAAGCGGUUCACCAAUUGUUUGACCCGUAUGACCAAACAGUUACAACUCAGCCACACCAAAGUACCGGUCAGAGAUGCGGAAGCCGACAAAGUCGAGGGACAGAUUGGGAGUACGGAUGCCGUUAUGAGGAAUGGGACGCGUGACGCCGUUGACGCCGUUGCACCCGGCUCAUCCGGAGAGACUUCGUCCGAAGAUAUGGUGGCACUCUCGAGACGCUGCGUCCAAGAAUAUCCCCAAGACCCCGUCUCACCGGUCUCGUUGCAUACUACAGCCAGACAGCUGUCCCAAAAUGAAUACUUCCUAGCCAAACGAGUAAUCAGUCCUGCAACGCUCACUGCACCUAGUCGAGGAAGUACAGACGAGCAGUUGGAUGCUGCUGACACAGACCCAGAGACCAAUUCCACCAUUCACCAACGGGCGGUUCUUCUCGCGCAAAAGAACCAGAUCUUCAAACUUAUUGAACUGCUACUCAGGCGAGGAGCAGAUCCCAAUACUCCAAGUGAGCCUCUGCCGUGUUUGUUCCUAGCCGUUCAGUCGGGCGACGUAAAGAUGGCUAGAAGGCUGUUACAAUGUGGUGCAGAUCCAAAUGUCCGGCUUCAGGAGAAGGAAGUGGCAAUAAAGAUGACCAGAAAGAAGACGAAUCAGCUUGGCAAAGUCUGCAUUAGUGCUGCGUCAACCGGAUCGCAGGACGCAAUCAACGUAAUUAACGCCCCUCUCAUUCCAAGUUUACAAGGUUUGACGCCUUUACACUACGCUUCCAUGCUACCAGGUCCCGAUGGUCUUCAAAUGGUACAAAUACUUCUAAAUGCUUCCGCGGAUCCAAAUGCUAUGGCCGGUGAAGAUUUGAGUUUCACCAUAUCUGACAUGAAGGAAGUUAGCCCGGAGGAGAAUGAUCCAUCACACUUUGCUGCAGUUUCAGAAGCCAACGUGGAGCAAAGAAGUAAUGAAGCCGAGAACAAAGACGAGGACGAUUGCAUCCAACUUUCCAUUUUGAUUCAAACACGCAGGAUUCCAUUCUACCCGUUUUGUUACCAAUGUGGCCGUUCUGUUGGCGUCCGACUGGUACAAUGUGCCAAGUGUAAACAAGUGUAUUACUGUUCAAAAGCUUGUAAGAUGAAGGCGUGGAACACGCAGCACAGGUUUGAGUGUGGACCCGGAAAACAAGCUGCGCGGCCGCGCAAACCAGUUCAUGCGACAAAACCAAAACAUACUGCGCCAUUGAAGCCACAGAUCAGACCAACUCCGAAAUACGAAGAGGACUUGCCAUGGAGUAGAUUCUUGCUGUGCCGUUCCGCAGGUGGAGAACUGUUGGGUCUCUCCCAUCCAGCAUACCAGUAUCGAUUUCUGCUCAAUCGAUACCUCAGAGUGAAUCAGAGCGGACGAGUCUACAUUUGUCGGUACGGAGGAGAAGGAAAUUACAGCCUAAUUUGA